UCAGCGGGCGAAGUCACCUGUCAUAGAAAAAAAUCUACACAGCCACUAAAAAAACAUGCCGACUUUAGAUUAUGAUCCAGCUUGCUUACCUGACUUGUUGCCGCUUUACUACCGCAGAUUGUUCCCGUUCCCACAAUACUAUCGCUGGUUAAGUUAUGGCGGAGUGUCUAAAAACUACUUCCAGAACCGCGAAUUUUCCUUCACUCUGAAAGAUGACAUUUAUGUGAGAUAUCAGUCGUUCAGCACUCAGAAUGAGCUGGAGAAAGAGAUGCAGAAAACGGUUCCCUACAAGAUUGAUAUUGGAGCUGUUUACAGCCACAGGCCCAGUCAACACAACACUGUGAAGUCUGGAACAUUCCAGGCCCUGGAGAAAGAGCUGGUAUUUGACAUUGACAUGACUGACUAUGAUGAUGUCAGACGUUGCUGCAGUGCUGCUGAUAUUUGCUCAAAGUGUUGGACGCUGAUGACCAUUGCUAUCCGUAUUUUGGACCGGGCACUACGGGAGGACUUUGGAUUCCAGCACCUUCUGUGGGUGUACUCUGGAAGGAGAGGAAUACAUUGUUGGGUUUGUGAUGAUGCUGCUAGGAAACUCUCAGUGGCUGCACGGUCUGCCGUGGCAGAAUACCUCAGUUUAGUCAAGGGUGGUGAAGAGACAGUGAGAAAAGUUGUGCUGUCGGAUCCAAUCCAUCCCUUCAUCAGUCAUUCUCUUACUGUCGUGGAACGGUAUUUCCCACAGUAUGCCAUUGUGGGACAGGACAUACUGGGCAGUAUGGAGAGUAUAGACAAAGUGCUCAGUUUGCUACCUGAAGAUAUCAGAAAGGAGCUGAAUAAUUUUAAUAAAAAUGAGAAGAACCCAAUGAAGCGGUGGGACAGACUCUGCGCUUUGGUCGAACAUAAAAAGUCAAGCAGUAAGAAGAGUGGACAGUACUUGGAUAAGGAGAUCAUGCUUCAGUACUGUUAUCCACGCCUGGAUGUCAACGUCAGUAAAGGAGUCAACCACUUACUGAAGAGCCCCUUCAGUGUACACCCCAAGACAGGUCGAAUCUCUGUGCCAAUAGAUUUGAAAGAACUGGACACCUUUGAUCCUUUUGAGGUGCCUACAAUAAGUCUGAUCUGUGAGGAGCUGGAGAAACCCAGACCAGAUGAGGGAGAGGAAGAUGAAAUUAAGGACAAGGAGAAUGAACAAGAUGCUGGAGAACGCCGCAGAAUCAGAGACUAUAAGCGCACCAGCCUGGCCAAGUAUGUGAAGGUCCUUGAUCGGUUUUUGGAGGCAAUGGCUCGGUCACGGAAAGGAGAGAUGCUGAGGAAGAGUGAUCUUCAGAAGGAGUUCUAAAACAGAAGAGCUGGGGUCAUCACAGCAAAGAAUCAGCAUCUCAGCUAAACUCUUUCAGGAAAUAGAUGCUUUGCUAUUAAAAGAACUAAUGCAGUUUUGCUCUGAAAUGAUAAAAAGGGACAAAUUUCCACUUGUCUAUUUUUUUUUUUACCAGUUCAUUAAAAUAACUUGUUU